AGGAAGACUACAACUCCCAGAGAUCCCCGGGACCUCGGCGAAAGUGAGACGUCAUCAACACGCCAGCGGGGGCACUGCACGACCCCUGGCGCUUUGGUAGAAUCUUCCGCUCUUCAGCCCCUGCAGGGAGAUCAUGCCGAGACCGCGGAAGAGAUUGGCUGGGGCUGCUGGGUCAGACAAGGGACCAGCAGGAAAACGUACCAAAGCUAAGAACACAGAUGAGACAUCAGCUAAAGUGGAGAACUCCAGCCCUCAGAAGAUUGCAGCCUCUAAAAAUUGUGAGAAGAGUCUAAGUAGCUACUGGCUGAUGAAGUCAGAGCCAGAAAGCCGACUAGAGAAAGGUGUAGAUGUGAAGUUCAGCAUCGAGGAUCUCAAAGCACAGCCCAAACAGAUGGCAUGCUGGGAUGGUGUCCGCAACUACCAGGCCCGGAACUUCCUUAGAGCCAUGAGGCUGGAAGAGAAAGCCUUCUUCUACCAUAGCAACUGCAAAGAGCCAGGUAUCGCAGGACUUAUGAAGAUUGUGAAGGAGGCUUACCCAGACCACACACAAUUUGAGAAAAAUAAUCCCCAUUACGAUCCAUCCAGCAAAGAAGACAACCCCAAAUGGUCCAUGGUGGAUGUUCAGUUUGUUCGGAUGAUGAAGCGUUUCAUUCCCCUGGCUGAGCUCAAAACCCACCACCAAGCUCAUAAAGCCACUGGUGGCCCCUUAAAAAAUAUGGCUCUCUUCACUCGCCAGAGACUCUCAGUUCAGCCCCUGACCCAAGAAGAGUUUGACUUUAUUUUGAGUCUGGAGGAAAAGGAACCAAGUUAGUUGAGACGCUAUACCUAGAAUGAUCAAAACAUUAUUCCAAAGAAGUCAAGCUUUUACAAGACAAAAGAAGGUGCAAGGAGGAUUGCUGGUUCUGUUCACUGGCUGUGUACAUAGGUGGUUUUUGUGUACUCUUUUCAAUAAAACAUUAAUAUGAAAGGUG